AUCUAUUCGCUCGGUCACUUUCCAUCUCCUGGCCCUGUAGAAAUCCCCCAAUUCCUCGGAAUCGCCCGCCGCCGCCGGUGUCGCCGUCGUCGAUCCCGGCCAUCUCCUGGUGCUGACUGAUAUCGGUGGCAUGGACUGCUCCAAGAGGCGUGCGGCCGCGCUGGGCGACCUCCCUGUUGACCCCCUUGUGGAGAUCCUCUGCCGCGUCCCUGCCAAGUCCGUCUGCCAGUUCAAGUGCGUGCCCAAGGCCUGGCGCGACCUCAUUGCCGACCCUCACCACCGGAAGAAGCUGCCACAAGCCAUGCAAGGACUCUUCUGCGUGACGCCCGACGAAUCCUCCAAGGCAUAUAGUUUCAGCUUCAUCGACUUGGCAGCGAGAUCCGUGCCUCCGGACAUCGACCCGAGCUUCUCCUUCCUGACGGAACUGCCUGGGAUCCAGGCCCUCGUCUUACUGGGUUCCUGCAACGGGCUUAUCCUCCUUGGGCACCGCCAGGAAUACUCUAUCACAUCCUCCUUGGCCUAUAUCGUGUGCAACCCGAGAACAAAGGAAUGGGAAGCCGUGCCUCCUUGCAGCUCUCAUAGUCCUACACUGUUAACCUUCACCUAUUUGGCUUUCGAUCCGGCAGUGUCCUCUCACUUCAACUUGGUCCAGUUCCAGGUGGAGACCCACGAGGAGUUUCUUUCUGUGCACACCUACUCCUCUGAAACUGGGACCUGGAGUGACAACCAAAUUGACGAACAAGGAGAGGAAGGGCAGCUGGAAGGAUGGCAUAUGGUCAGGUUUAAUCUUGCAGACCCUAGUCCUCGGUGCCCCUUUAUCAAUGGCUUCCUGAAUCUGCUAGUAUGGGACGAUGAUGAGAUGAAGAUAGUUGCUCUAGAUGUGCAAGGCAAGUCAAGGAGGAUGAUCCCGGUGCCACAUGUGGCUAAUAGGAGGAGCUGAAUGUCUUACUUGGGUGUAUCCCAAGGGCAUCUGCAUUACAUGACUCGAGAGAAAGUAGAUACUCAUGAAGGGAAGUACAAACUGUCCAUUUGGGCUCUUCAGGAUUAUGAUACAAAAGAAUGGGUGUUGAAGCACAAUGUGGAGAUGUGACUGACAGAGUGAGGGAUGGACAAGAGCAAAAUGCUCGAGCGGCAGAGAGGAAAACGCGGAAACCGGGAGGACGAGGAGGCUUACCAGAAGCCGGCGAUGGGCGGGGACGGCGGCGGCGGCGGCGGCGGGUGGCUGCAGGCUGGCUUCACGGGUGUGCUGUCCCCGAAUCGUAGGUGCAGUGCAGCAGCAGCGCGGCUUCAGGCUGAACACAAGUGCAGAACGUGUGAACACCAAGGGGUAUCGCUGACCAUGCAUGCAGUGGAGAGUCAAAGUUGCAUGCAUAAAUGCACAAUAAAGAAAAGGAAAAGAAAAUGCAUGCACACCCGUGUGCAGGGAUGGAGAACGAGCCUUGACGGCCAAGGGUGCAUGGAGCAGCUAAACCUAGCAACUGCAAUCUCAGCCUACGUAAGGCGUAAAUCAUCAGCAAUGCAUGCAUGUCGUAGGGAAGCUUAUUAAUUACGUUGUCAGUCUACAGGAAGAAAGAAAUCGACGUCUGGAGAUCUGCAAAAGGGCACCACGACAACGCAAGUGGAAGCAUGUUAAGAUUAAGAACUUACUCUUAGUAAUACCAGAAUAGGCUGGCACUACUUUCCUGUACAUGUUUGAAGGAGAGAGAACCAGCCCAGGCAUCAGCAUCGUCAACAUCCAUUUCGGCGGCUGCAUUACCAAGCAUGCAUGGAAGACAGCAUAAACCAUGUUACACUUUGAGAAUGAGGAGGUCGUGUAAAUUAUGCAGAGCACAAACAAUGGCAAGCUACAUUUUUCUCUUUACCUUUGGUACAACGUUGAGAGCAUAAUAACCUUGUGAAUGAUUUGUAAAUGAAGUAAUAUCAUAUCAGAUAAUACCUGCAUAAUAAACAGC